UCAUCUUUUGUUUGAAAAUAUACACCUCUACUUGUUUUUGAUUUGACAGGUUUUUAUCGAUCUGACUGAUAGAUCCUCAUUACUCACCAGGGACUAAUCAGAGUCAAGUCAGUGCAGCGGCAGCAGACCUCUGACAGAUUGAGGUAGAAAAGGAUAAAAUGGAAGAUGAGAGAUUUAGACAGCCAGAGGAAGAGGAGAAACAGGCUGAAGAACGACGCAUAAAGAAGGAGUUGGAGGAGAAGAGAUGGGUAGAGUUUGAAGAACGCAAGAAGAGAGAUGAGGAGGAAAGAAAGCGUAUGGAGAUAGAGAGAGAACGAUUAGAGCGAUCAAGAAGUUUGGAAAGCAAAGACAUAAAAAUCACGGAUUGGAAGUACUCUGAAUUGAAAGACUGUAUCAACUCAUCCAAAUACGAAGGAUCCACAGAGGAAGCAAGAGAAGAGUUCCACAGAAGAUUGAAAGCUUAUCAGGCGUGGAAAAGCAUUAAUCUUAACCGAAAGAAGAAAGAACCAGCAAAAGGAGCCAAUUCGUCGCCAUCUUAUAAUUCUUACAAGAGUAAUGUGAUGUCUAGAAAUGAGCUGAGUCGGGAGGUUGGACGGUGGGUUUGGGAGAGGUUGAGGACUGGUUUAUAAAAUUUAAACUUAUUGACUACCUUAAGGACAAUGAAUUUGGUUCACAAUAAAUUUUGUUACAAAAAUGUUGGUUGCAAUAGUUUGGCUGCCGGACAGUUGCGCCCAAUUUAGAUCUAGCUACCGUGAGAAGAUGACGAAUUAAAACCAAUUAAAAAACCCCAAUCAAUCUUAAUUUCCUGUUUUGUGAGCUUAAUAUCAUGGAGACUUAGAGCCAAAUUAUACUUGUAGACUAUUGUUUCUGUGUUACAAUAAUACUAUUAGUUGCAAUCCCAUAAAUCAAACAAGUUUAACAUAAUACAUUUUUCAAUAUUCUGAGCAUAAAAUAUCCACAAGGAUCACUUGACAUUAUGUGAUCCUUGGGCGU